GGCAGAGCAGCGGGUCUCCAACAUGGCUAAAGAAGGAGCAGAUAUGACGGAGGAGACCCAGUUCAUGAUAGACACAAAUCCGGGGAAAGAACCAGAACAUGUGGAAUCAUCCGGCGAUGCUAAAGAAAUGCGAGCUGUGGUGCUGGCAGGUUUCGGAGGUCUUAACAAACUCAGGGUAACCAAGAAGGCAAUGCCCGAGCCUCAGGAUGGUGAAGUGAAGAUACGCGUCAAAGCAUGUGGCCUGAAUUUCCUGGAUCUGAUGGUACGUCAGGGGUCUAUUGAUAAUCCUCCAAAACUCCCUAUUGUCCCUGGGUUUGAAUGCUCUGGGAUAGUAGAGUCAGUAGGGGAAAACACAGCUGGAUUUGAGAUAGGCGACAGAGUUAUGGCAUUUGUCAAUUACAAUGCCUGGGCAGAAGUGGUCUGCACGCCAGCGGAUUUUGUCUACAAGAUGCCAGAGGAAAUGAGUUUUGCUGAGGCUGCUGCAUUCUCCCUGAACUUUGUGGCGGCCUAUAUGAUGCUCUUUGAGGUUGCUAAUCUGCGAGAGGGGAUGUCAGUGUUGGUCCACUCAGCAGGAGGUGGUGUAGGUCAAGCUGUGGCUCAGCUGUGCUCCACAGUGCCUAAUGUCACUGUGUUUGGGAUCGCCUCAUGUUCCAAACACGCAGCCAUCAGAGACUCGGUGACUCACCUCUUUGACAGAAAUGUUGAUUAUAUGCAAGAAGUACAAAAGAUUUCUCCAGAGGGGGUGGACAUCGUGUUGGACUGCCUCUGUGGGGAGAACACAGCGAAAGGCCUGACUCUGCUGAGGCCUUUGGGAACCUACAUACUAUAUGGCGCAUCAAACAUGGUAACUGGGGAAACAAAGAGUUUCUUCAGCUUUGCAAAAUCUUGGUGGCAGGUGGAGAAGGUGAACCCUAUUAAACUAUACGAAGAGAAUAAAGUCAUAGCAGGAUUCUCGCUCCUCAACCUCCUCUUCAAACAUGGGAAAUGUAAUCUCGUGAAAUCAGUGAUGGACAAACUCUUGUGUCUCUUUGACCAAAAGAAGAUCAAGCCGGUAGUGGACUCCCUAUGGGCGCUGGAGGAGGUAAAAGAGGCCAUGCAGAGAAUUCAUGACAGAGGCAACGUAGGAAAACUCAUUCUGGAUGUCGAGAAGUCUCCCACCCCUCUGAUGGCCAGUGACAGCACAGAGACCAGUGAGGCUGGCGAGGAGGAAGAAGAGCCAGAGGAAGACAACGACAGCAAGGAGCGAAUGCCCUUCAUCCAUUAAACCUCCCGGCUACACGCCCAGAGACUGAAGAGGCAUUCACCACACAAGUGUUGAGCAGUAUGUGCUGUAUGCAUGUGCUGUAUGCAUGCAUGCAUGACUGGAUUUGUGUACAAUAUUUGUUUGUUACUUAUUGUUUGUCAGUUAAAUGUUCGAGCAAAAUUAUUGUGAAAACAGAGACCUAACAACAUUUUCUCUAACACAGACAGGCAGGUGGAAGUGCCAUUGUCCAUCUAGUAUUUUUAUAUUCUUUACUGUAUUAUGACGUUAUGCUAGCCAAUAAUUUGAUUAGGUUUGUGUCCAUUUCUCUAUUAAUUGCAUCCACAAACAGUUUAUUGACUGAAAAAGCAUUUAAGCCUGGAAACAGGGUUAGGAUUAGUACCCUUAAAAAUACACUUACUAUCAAUGUCAUGUAGCAUAACAACUCUACACUGUCUAAAAAAAGAAUAAGAAAGUGUAAUUUAAUAUUCACUUUUUUCAGUGAUGACAGCUGUAUAAGGAAAACGAUUGGCAUGUGGAAUAUUUAAAUGUUUCUGUUACAAUAGUGAUGUGUUAGCCACCAGCGAAAGGUAUGUGUGUAGAUAUUUGCUUGAUAUUUGACUCUUAGGUUCCUGCCGACCUUGUAAUAUAUCACAGGAUCACCAGUGCCUUUAGCCCACCAACAAGUGUAAAGAAGAAGUAAAGUUCACAUUAUAAAAACAUUUAAAAAUCUUCCACUGCACAUUUAUUCAGAUGUCAAAUCUAUACAACGCCAUACAGUGUUGCAUACACUUUGAAGGUCACAAACAUUAUAUCAUAAAAUAUCUAAAUGCAAGAGAACAUGAUAUAAAUCGGUAAAUUCAGAGUCUUCUCAGGCAGCGUGUAAGUCAAACAUUUGUGGAGUCUGCUUUUACUUGUCUGACCGAAAUUGUUUACUUGCUGGUGCCUCACAAAGAAAAAGUGCCAUAAACUAUUUUUGCAAUGAUCAGGUGUUUAAAAGCAGGGUGAUUCAGGUCUGAAAAACACUGUGUAUUAUUUUACAUAAUAACGAUGCCCUCUGCUUUACUCUGCCAGUUUUUAUGAAAUGUUCACACAUAUUCUAAUAACAGAUCUGGUUUUAUUUUUAAUUAAAACAUAAUUGUUUGGGGCCUUGCUUAUACAGCGUAUUGACUAGUCAUUUGAACUAUUUAUUUCUUCACUUGAAUUAUAAAAACAAAACUGGAUUAUAUAUCAAAAAAGUAUUUUCUCAACAAUUAAAACAAUUAAAUCUUUCCUUAUGCCUUUAAAAAAUGUCCAUGUGCAAACUAACAGGCUGCAUGCUUCAAAGAUGAAUGAUACAUGGUGGAUAGACAGUGUUAAUGGGCACAGAAGUGAUGGAAUAAGUAUUUUUAGAAUUUAUAUGUAGACUUGAGUAUAGAUAAGUAUGGAUAAUUGUUUUUAGACACUAUGGAAAUACAUCUCAAUAUUAUUGUCAGGCAUUUUUAUUUGUGUGUGCGCACGUGUGGGUGUGCCUGUGUGUGUGUUUUCAUAUUGCCUUGUAAAAAAACAACAUGUCUAUAAAAGUGUUAAACAUCAUAAUGUGUUCACAAUCUCCUUAUAAACUCUGGUUUACCUGUGGUCGUAUAUUUUUGUCACAUUUUCUGGUGUGAACCUUCUUUGAGUACAACUCUGUUUACUUGAAUAAAUGUAUCUGCAA